AUGACACCUCGGCUUCCUGACUUAUGCCUAUCAUCUCCUUGCUGUCCACCCCCCUGCCCGUUCGGGCCCACCAUUGACCCACCGGUUACUCUGCAAGCUCCCCUCAUUCAGCAACCCCUUGUUACUCAUAGUACGGACGGGAGUGAACGGCUAGCCUUCCCCUACGUUCACCGCCCCUUUGGCCCAGGCGAUUUAGUAACAUGGCAACAGCAGAUGCCUCUCCUGCGUGACGAUCCAGAGAAGGUUCUGCAAACCAUUCGGUCUGUAUUUACCGCAUUUAAUCCUACAUGGGGAGAUGUACAGGUAAUCCUGGACACACCUUUUACCCCUGACGAGAAAUAUUCCAUUCUGGAUGCUAAUAGGCGCUGGGCAGGGGAGGAUAGUACCUGGGUUUCUUGGCCCCUGACUGAUCCCAAUUGGAAUCCUAAUGUGCUUACUCAAAUGGGCCUUUUAAAGGUGGGUAGAAACAGCCUUUUAGAAGCUAUAUGCAAAGCUGGUAGUAAAACGGCUAACUGGUCUAAAAUCCGCGAAUGUCAGCAAGAACUUACCGAGCACCCCUCCGCCUUUUUGGCCCGGUUGUCCAAACAAGUUUGUGUAUAUGGGAGCGGAAAAUCCCUCCAGGAGGUAGUCCGCCUGGCCACCUUUGUGUUUAACGGCAGGGACGAGGAGAAAGCACGGGAAAAACGUAAACAGAAGAAGGAGGAGGUAAGUAUGUUAGCUGCUGCCUUGCAGGCUCCUUCGGGAAACCAGCAUUGGGGCAGACCGCCUCCUUCCGUAAAACAAUACCCCUUGCCGAGGGAGGCGGAAGAAGGCAUCUCACUUCUUAUUGACAGCUAUUUGACUCAGGGGGUUUUAGUCCCCUGCAGUUCGCCCUGUAAUACUCCCAUUCUUCCAGUAAGGAAGCCUAAACCGGGACCAGACGGGCGUCCAGUCUAUCGAUUUGUUCAGGAUCUAUGGGCUAUAAAUGGUUAUGUUAUAGCCCCCCAUCCAGUUGUCCCUGAUCCGAGCACUAUUCUAACACUGAUUCCUCAGUCAGCCACUUGCUUUACUGUCAUAGAUUUGUGUGCAGCAUUUUUCAGUAUCCCUUUGCACCCUGAUUCUCAAUAUUUAUUCGCAUUUACCUGGAAGGAUCAGCAGCUAACAUGGACGCGUCUUCCCCAGGGGUUCUCAGGAUCCCCCACUAUUUUUUCCCGGAUUCUCACCGAGGAUUUAAAAGACAUUGUCUUGCCUAGUUCGUCUGUCCUGGUUCAGUAUGUGGAUGAUUUGUUAAUUGUUUCCUCAGAUCAUAACGCAUGUUUAAUUGACUCUGUUGUUUUGCUUACUGCAUUAGCUAAUAAGGGUCAUCGUGCAUCUCCAUCCAAGUUGCAGCUGUGCCUAGAUCAGAUAAUUUAUUUGGGCUUUGUAAUUAGGCCUGGGGAGCAUUUACUCUCCCAUGAUAGGGUGCGGGCAAUCCAGGAUUAUCCGCGUCCAACUACCAAAAAGCAGUUACAGGCUUUCCUGGGGGCUGCAGGGUUCUGCCAACCCUGGGCCGUGGCUUUCGGGGAAUUGAUGAAACUGUUAGUUUGAGCUACUACAACACUGACCCUCGAUCCUGUCUCCUGGACCCCGGAAAUGGAAGAUGCUUUUAAAUCCAUCAAAAAGGCUCUGAUCUCUGCGCCUGCCUUGGGAUUCCCGGAUUAUGGUAAACCAUUUUCUCUUUUCACUCACGAACGGCAGGGGGUGGCUAGCGGCGUCCUUUUGCAAUACCUGGGGGAUCGCCCACGCCCCGUAGCAUAUUACUCAGUACAACUGGACCCUGUUAUUCAGGGCUCCGUCUCCUGUGUACGGCCUGUUGCUGCUGCUGCUGUCAUGGUUGAACGGUCACGACCUAUUGUUUUGGGGCACCCUCUGACUGUCUGGGUCCCUCAUGAGGUUGAAAUUCUCUUAAAACAGCAUUCUACACAGGCAUUGUCUCCACAGCGGGCUCACAAAUAUGAACUAAUCCUGUUGGCCGCUGACAACGUUACUUUACGCCGCUGUAACGUCCUCAAUCCAGCCACAAUGCUACCCCUCCCAGAGGACAGUACCCCUCACCAUGUAUGCAUGGAUGUCGUCGCGCAAGAUGGCAAGCCCCACCCGGAUUUAGCGGACUCCCCUUUAGUUGAGCCUGAUUUACUUCUUUUCACAGAUGGGUCCUCAUACUAUUUAGAUGGCCACUGGGUCUCGGGCUAUUCGGUUACCUCUCAGGCAGAUGUUAUCGAGGCUGCCCCCUUACCACCUUCCUUCAGCGCCCAGGGUGCAGAAUUACAUGCACUUACCAGGGCUUGUUUAUUGUCUUCAGGGAAAACUGUUACCAUCUAUACGGACUCUAAGUAUGCUUUUGGGGUUUGUCACGCUACAGGCCAGCUCUGGAAGCAAUGA